GUAGCACCGCUGGCCCGAGACUGACAGCCUGAGUGAGCUCGAGACUAGGUUCAUUGCCAGUGACGAGCACCGUUCUCAAUACUUUCUGCAACGCUCUCGAGAUCUCCGGACCACUGAUAUUGUCGGUCUGUGUAGCUGUCGAGGACGAGUAUCCGGUGCCGCGCGGACAGCGUCAUCGUCGCCAGAAGAUAUCACUGGCAGCACCGCCAGGACGUCUUUGAAAUUGCACCGCCUCCGACUCAUCGUCCUGUACUUUAACCCCGAGAUUCUCGCUCUGAUACCCAACCUUGUUGAAUUAGGAAGGUCUGUUAUGCCGUCGCGCGUCGUCGCUGAGGAGGCAACUGACCCUUGGUAUUUAACGAUCAUUCGCACGCAAGGCCUGUUAUUCGUGCGCCCGGAAAAGUCGUGGCGACCGGUAGUGUGUGUGGAUGUCGUAGAUCGGCCUCAGCAACAUGAAGUAGCACUGGGAUGUGACGGGCAAAAUCCGAACACCAAGAUCCCACUGACGCUACAUCACGUCCACCACCGUAGCAAGCUCGACAUCAAGAUCGUCCACACGUCGCACAAACACCGGAAGAAGCAGCACCUCGUCGCGUCCGCGUUCGUCUCCCUCGGCGAGCUAGUUGGUAAACAAGGGCGGCCGGGCUCGACGAUCGACGUGCGCCUCUCGUGCCCCACUCCUCAAAAGAAAAGCCCGACUAUCAAAGGCAGGCAGCAACAUCACGCCAGUCUUACUGUGAGGCUGCAUGCACCCAGACCUACGUCCUCCAUUUUCACCUCCCAGGACGUAUACCCAUCAGAGUCCGAGGGGGAUUCCUUGUCCGAUCAUCCAUUAUCGAGUCCUUCAGUCACUGCGGUGGAUAGCUUCACACCCGACCACGCAGGCCCCCCACCAAAUGGCCUCCGUAAGCGAAGAAGGAUUCGCGGCUACAGCCUCAACACCGACGAAGAGGACGCUGCUUCCUAUUCCGACGCUUCAUAUACAGAAUCACCGCGUGACGAAUAUUUCUCGCAAGUCGACGACGCCGAAAAGUCUACACACGACACCACGAUGGACGAGACACCACAUUCGAUGCACAGCGUGCACACGCCCGACGUGCUCCCGCGCUACAGCGAGCACGCCGAUCCCCUGCGGCUCUCAUGGGGCGAGCGCAUGAUAGACAGAUUUUCUCCGUAUACUGAGCUCUACGAGGCGCAGCGGACGGAAGACUACGAGCGCUUCGACAAGGUGCUCGCGCGCCUUUUGACGGAGUGGUACGUCGUUGCCGCGUCGCUCCUUGCGCUCGCGGGUAUCGACGCAGCUAUAUUCGGCCUUGCGCCAGGGUCCAUAUUUCCUAUAGACGGGCUCGCGCGGCAGGUUGUCGCUCUGGGUGCCAUCUCCUCCGGCCUCGGCCUCUUCCUCGACACCCUCCUGGUGUUCUCAUACAGCAACGCCGACGCACAGAAGUUCCAAAUCAUCGCGAAAGACGUGUACGGCACCUACUUCUUCUUCUGCCUCUACUGUCGUGUGCCCGCUCUCUGCAUGCUCGUCUCCGCGACGUGCCUCGCCGCGUUCCUCCUCAACGUCGCCUGGGCGGAGUGGCCGAGCGCGGUCCUCGUCGUGUCCUUCCUCGCCGGCGUGCUCUGCACCCUGCAGUACCUCGUCUUUGGCUGCCACCGGAUAUUUAACUUUAUUGUGUGGUGUGUGAAGAGCGUGUGGUGCGCGGUCGUCCGACGUUCGGUAGCAGCGGGCGAUGCACCACAGUCUGGAGGUGGGGGCGCAGCGGAUGGGCCAGCACAUAGCGUGUCACGCGCAUGAAGGGCUUAAUUCAUUAUUGGAAGGUCGGAAUGGACGUCCAUGUAUCACUAAUGUAUUACUGUAUCUAUAGCGCUGCUUGUACACAAGGCAGUCAGUUUGCUGGUAGUACAUGCUACUGUCAACGUCAUGACAUACUUGCAU